GCUGUGCGCGCCCCGGCGGCGGCGUGGUCCUGGUGGGCUGCGGUCCGCGCGCUGCCGCGGCCGCCCUCUUCGGAGGUGGGAGGGGCAGACGGAGCAGGCGCGGGCCCGGCGGAAGCCAUGUUUGUGGCGCGCAGUAUUGCGGCGGACCAUAAGGAUCUCAUCCAUGAUGUCUCUUUCGACUUCCACGGGCGACGAAUGGCUACCUGCUCCAGUGACCAGAGCGUCAAGGUCUGGGAUAAAAGUGAAAAUGGGGAUUGGCAUUGUACUGCUAGUUGGAAGACACAUAGUGGAUCUGUGUGGCGUGUGACAUGGGCCCAUCCUGAAUUUGGACAGGUUUUGGCUUCUUGUUCUUUUGACCGAACAGCUGCUGUGUGGGAAGAAAUAGUAGGAGAAUCAAAUGAUAAACUGCGAGGACAGAGUCAUUGGGUUAAGAGGACAACUCUAGUGGAUAGCAGAACAUCCGUUACCGAUGUGAAAUUUGCUCCUAAGCAUAUGGGUCUUAUGUUAGCAACCUGUUCGGCAGAUGGUAUAGUAAGAAUAUAUGAGGCACCAGAUGUUAUGAAUCUCAGCCAGUGGUCUCUGCAGCAUGAGAUUUCAUGUAAGCUAAGCUGUAGUUGUAUUUCUUGGAACCCUUCAAGCUCUCGUGCUCAUUCCCCCAUGAUAGCUGUAGGAAGUGAUGACAGUAGUCCAAAUGCAAUGGCCAAGGUUCAGAUUUUUGAAUAUAAUGAAAACACCAGGAAAUAUGCAAAAGCUGAAACCCUCAUGACAGUCACAGAUCCUGUCCAUGAUAUUGCCUUUGCUCCAAACUUGGGAAGGUCUUUCCACAUUCUAGCCAUAGCAACCAAAGAUGUGAGAAUUUUUACAUUAAAGCCUGUGAGGAAAGAACUUACCUCCUCUGGUGGACCAACAAAAUUUGAAAUCCAUAUAGUGGCUCAGUUUGAUAAUCAUAAUUCCCAGGUCUGGCGAGUGAGUUGGAAUAUAACAGGAACAGUGUUAGCAUCUUCAGGAGAUGAUGGCUGUGUAAGAUUAUGGAAAGCUAAUUAUAUGGACAAUUGGAAGUGUACUGGUAUUUUGAAAGGUAAUGGGAGCCCUGUCACUGGGAAUUCUCAGCAGGGAAACUCAAAUCCUUCCCUAGGUUCAAAUAUCCCAAAUCUUCAAAAUUCAUUAAAUGGAUCUUCUUCUGGCAGGUAUUUCUUUCCCCCUCUGGAUUCCCCACGGGCUGGAUCGAGAUGGUCCAGUUAUGCCCAGCUCCUUCCUCCUCCUCCUCCUCCUCUGGUAGAGCACUCUUGCGAUGCUGACACUGCCAACCUCCAGUAUCCUCACCCUCGCAGACGAUCUCUCUCUCGGCCUCUUAAUCCCUUACCUGAGAAUGAAGGGGUUUAAAACACUGAUUUAACACUUAAAGGCCUUAUUCAAGUGCUUGUAAAUGCUUUCAUUCCUGGCUGCUUUUUGUUUUUCUUCAUUUUCUUUCAGAAGAUUUUUCUAAGUUAGGGUCCGUCUUGCAUGUAUUACAACCAGAACACAGUGUUUGGAACCUAAAUGUGUUUGUGCUUCUGCAUCAAAGGAACAUUUGCCUCAUUGGUUGAUAACCUUUGAUGAAAUGCGAUAAGUACAAGUAAUGUGAACUAUGAGAUUUACAGUAGCUGAUUUCACUUUCAAAGUGCCUAUUCGUUUUAUCUUGAACUGUUACGGUGUUAAUUUUCUUAUGGUUUGUCAUUCUGGUUAAUGUGAAAGCAUAUCAUAGAGUUCACUUUGCCUUUGAGACAUAUUAAGAAAUGUUUUAAAAUUUACAGGCUAAUGUUGGAUCUGACUAGUUUGUAAAAUAAAUCAUUCCUGUGUAUAAAGCAGCAAAACAUAAUAA